GCGGCCCUGCCCAGCAGCCCGAGCGGAGGCCCGCCGCGCUCAGCUUGGGCGGCUGAAUGGGCGCGCGGCUCCCGGCUCUGGCCCUUCCGCGUCCCGCCCUCGCUCGCGCUCCCGCCCCGCCCCGGCCUCCGCCGGCCGCCGCCAUCCGCCGCCCAGGCUGUGAAUGAAAGGCAGGCGCCGCCGGGGCUGGCUGCAGGCGACACGGCGACGCGGCCUCCCAGGAGGCGCUCGCCCCGCGGAGAUGUACGGUGUGUGCGGCUGCUGUGGCGCUCUACGCCCCAGGUACAAAAGGCUGGUUGACAACAUCUUCCCCGAGGAUCCCGAGGAUGGCCUGGUGAAGACCAACAUGGAGAAGCUGACCUUCUAUGCCCUCUCAGCUCCAGAGAAGCUGGAUCGAAUUGGUGCCUACCUCUCCGAGAGGCUCAUCCGUGAUGUGGGUCGUCAUCGAUAUGGGUAUGUGUGCAUCGCCAUGGAGGCACUGGACCAAUUGCUCAUGGCCUGCCAUUGCCAGAGCAUCAACCUCUUCGUGGAGAGUUUCCUCAAGAUGGUGGCCAAGCUGCUGGAGUCGGAGAAGCCCAACCUGCAGAUCCUCGGCACCAAUUCGUUUGUGAAGUUCGCCAACAUCGAAGAGGACACCCCAUCCUAUCACCGGAGCUACGACUUCUUUGUGUCCCGCUUCAGUGAAAUGUGCCACUCCAGCCACGAUGACAUGGAAAUCAAGACCAAAAUCAGAAUGUCAGGCAUCAAAGGUCUGCAGGGGGUGGUGAGGAAGACGGUGAACGAUGAAUUGCAAGCCAAUAUCUGGGACCCACAGCACAUGGACAAAAUUGUCCCAUCGCUGCUUUUCAAUCUGCAGCACAUAGAGGAGGCAGAGAGCCGCUCCCCGUCGCCCCUUCAAGCACCAGAGAAGGAGAAAGAGAACCCAGCAGAGCUAGCUGAGAGGUGCCUUCGGGAACUGCUGGGCCGGGCCGCCUUUGGCAACAUCAAAAAUGCCAUCAAGCCUGUUCUCAUCCACCUGGAUAACCACUCUCUUUGGGAGCCCAAGGUGUUCGCCAUCCGUUGCUUUAAAAUCAUCAUGUACUCAAUUCAGCCGCAGCACUCCCACCUGGUUAUCCAGCAGCUCCUGAGCCACCUGGAUGCCAACAGCCGCAGCGCGGCCACGGUGCGGGCGGGCAUCGUGGAGGUCUUGUCGGAAGCUGCCGUCAUCGCCGCCACCGGCUCUGUCGGGCCCACGGUGCUGGAGAUGUUCAACACUCUGCUGAGGCAGCUGCGGCUCAGCAUUGACUACGCCCUGACCGGGAGCUACGACGGGGCCAUCAGUCUGGGCACCAAGAUCAUCAAGGAGCACGAAGAGCGCAUGUUCCAGGAGGCUGUCAUCAAGACCAUAGGCUCCUUUGCCAGCACGUUGCCCACUUACCAGCGCUCAGAGGUGAUCCUCUUCAUCAUGAGCAAGGUCCCACUGCCUUCCCUGCAUCAUCCCAUGGAGACAGGGAGGACAGGAGAGAACAGGAACCGGCUGACCCAGAUUAUGCUGCUGAAAUCCCUCCUUCAGGUAUCCACAGGUUUCCAGUGCAACAACAUGAUGUCAGCCCUGCCCAGCAACUUCCUGGACCGCCUUCUCUCCACCGCCCUCAUGGAGGACGCAGAGAUCCGCCUCUUCGUUCUAGAGAUUCUCAUCAGUUUCAUCGAUCGUCAUGGCAACCGCCACAAGUUCUCUACCAUCAGUACCCUCAGUGACAUCUCUGUCCUGAAGCUGAAAGUGGACAAGUGCUCCAGACAGGACACCGUCUUCAUGAAGAAGCACUCCCAGCAGCUCUACAGACACAUCUACCUGAGCUGUAAGGAGGAGACAAACAUACAGAAGCACUACGAGGCACUCUACGGCUUGCUGGCGCUCAUCAGCAUCGAGCUGGCCAAUGAGGAGGUGGUGGUGGACCUCAUCCGCCUGGUGCUGGCUGUGCAGGACGUGGCCCAAGUCAAUGAGGAGAACCUGCCGGUGUACAACCGCUGUGCCCUGUACGCGCUGGGCGCGGCCUACCUCAACCUCAUCAGCCAGCUCACCACCGUCCCUGCCUUCUGCCAGCACAUCCGCGAGGUGAUAGAGACCAGGAAGAAGGAGGCUCCAUACAUGCUCCCCGAGGAUGUGUUUGUGGAGAGGCCCAGGUUGUCCCAAAAUCUUGACGGAGUAGUGAUGGACUUCCUCUUCCGCCAGAGCAAGAUCAGCGAAGUCCUGGGGGGCAGCGGCUACAACUCCGACCGGCUCUGCCUCCCCUACAUCCCUCAGCUGACAGAUGAGGAUCGCUUAUCCAAGAGGAAGAGCAUUGGAGAAACCAUUUCCCUGCAGGUGGAGGUGGAGUCUAGGAACAGCCCAGAGAAGGAGGAGCGAGUGCCUGCCGAGGAGAUCACCUACGAGACCCUAAAGAAGGCCAUCGUGGACAGUGUGGCAGUCGAGGAACAGGAGCGUGAACGGCGGCGACAGGUGGUGGAGAAGUUCCAGAAGGCACCCUUCGAGGAGAUCGCGGCACACUGCGGGGCCCGGGCAUCACUGCUGCAGAGCAAACUCAAUCAGAUCUUUGAAAUCACCAUCCGGCCCCCUCCGAGCCCAUCAGGCACCAUCACCGCAGCCUACGGCCAGCCUCAGAACCACUCCAUCCCUGUCUACGAGAUGAAGUUUCCUGAUCUGUGCGUAUACUGAAUUCCAGAAGACGGAGCUCCUUGGAGAGGUGGGGUCUGAGGGAGGGGCUCGCCCUCACAACCCACCCCUGUGGCAUGGAAAUCGGAACUGAGAUCUCAGAGAAAAAGCACCUCGGUUAGCAGCACCUCCCCAGCUAAGCAAGGUGGAGCUAAGGGCCCCCUCUCAGUCCUUCCACCUCCUCUUUGUCUUCCCUGAGGGAGAUGGGCCUCCUGCCCCUCUGGGGCCAAUAAGCAUCUCCGCUGCCCUUUGUCUUCUCCUUUGGAUCCACCAGGAGCCGGGAACCACGGAGGUCUCCGGAGGGAGGCAGGGGUCCCUGAGAUGCUCCUGUUUGGUGUAGCGUGGGAAGGGCUUUCAUGGGUUGGGUCUGGGGGGCACAGCUGCCAGUCUCCCAGGAGGGAACGGACAGAGACACAGUCGGUCGGAGGAAGAGAUGGACGGACAGCAGUCAGGAGAAAGCAGGGCAGGCUCCCAGCUGCUCUGUGCGAGGCUGGGGGUGGCGCCUGCUCUCUUCCAGAGCGUUCCCUCCCUCCGCUUGGAGGCCUCCAGCUUCUCCUCCCUUCCACUCUCCUGCUCACCCUGCCAGUUGUGUCGUUGUGAUUCUUUCUAUUAUUAAUUCAUGUCGAGCCCUUCCAACAGAAACUGCAGUCGAGACACCACGCAAGGCAAGAAAGGAUAAAAAUCAAGGGUGGGCAGGUUGGCCAUAGAGAGGGCUGGCUCUCCCCAGGCUGGGCCUGACCCCUGUAGAGGAACAGCAGGCAGAAGUGGGCAAGGCCAUGUCCCUCUGUUGCAUCUUCUCACCUCCUUCGUUCAGAGGGAGCUUGUUGGGUCUUCCCAUGGUUCUCUCCCUUCUGGUUGUUUCUCGGAGUUGAGUUUUCUCUCUCCGAUGUCUUUCUUCCUGAGGAUCCUAGCCUGUUUCUCUAGCCUCUGGGUUGAGGGAGGGCAGAAUGAGAUAAUCUGGUUCAAGAAAAUCUGGUUCUAUAUGGUCCAAAAAGAACAAGAACAGCAAGGGCCCCCAGGCCUGCCCACUGCACUUCCUAUGGAGAGGCUGCCAGCCUGAUUUGGGGGGGGGCGGGGAGGGGGUUCUGAGGAUAGCAUUUUGCAUCUCAAGGAGUCAACCUUUUGGAUAUUUAAUUCAAGGAAAGAAGGAUCCAGCAGCUAAUAUUGGAAUGAUCUCUUCACUCUUUGGACAAAGUCAGGACAUUGAUGCCAACUGGCAAACUGAGGCUUGGGGAGAGGCAGUGGAGACCGCUCUGGGUUCUGGGUCUCCAUUUUUUCUGAGUGCCCUGCUUAUCUGUGUGCAGAGGAGGAGAGAGGGGCUACUGCACAGCUAGAAGACCUUCUGCUGGGCUCUCUCUGCUGCCCCCACCCAUCCUCCUGCCAGGGGCCUUUGUGCCGCCCGAGCCUCCCAGGUCUCCUCCCAUGGCAGCACCCUAUGGUCCAAAAUAGCCCCUCUCUUCUCUUCCAGGAAAACUUCCAAUGGUCAAAUGAUUCCUCCCUGGAGAAUUUGCUUUUUAAAAAGGGGGAGAAUGAGUAGAUUUCUUGACCCAAAGAAAUCUUUUUUUAGGGUACAAUUUUAGGCAGUGUAGGGAAGGGUCAGAAGCAGGAUGUUUCUGCUAAGGGGAAGGGGCUUCCUGGGACACCCUCUGGUCACACCCUGGCCCAUAGCCCUGCACAGACCCACAAUGAAAGCCUGAUUAUGAGGAUAAAUAGGUAUAUUUUCCCAAACUGGGAAAACCUUAACAUAUGCAUUUUCCCAUUACAUGCACAAUAAAUGUUUUGGAUCGGGGGGGGGGGCUAUCUGACUCUCGUUCUAUAGUUUCCACCCUAGUCGGUACCUCUGUGCUAUGGGCCUGUGGCUACCGGAUGGCCUGCAUGAUUACAAGGCCCAUGGGGCCUGGCUCCUGCUCCCCACCCCCACUUUUGGCUUCUGGCUCUGUUCUAUGGUUCUUGGCUAAUGCUGAACCCAAAAUUUAUAAGCAUGAGCUCAGAUUUCUCUUUACCUUACUAUCUCUUUAUGAAGAAACAAAAUUUAAAAUAAAAUUUGAAGGCAAAUAACCUUUGGAAGAAACUUCAGAGAAAAUCUCAAUCUUGAGCCACAAAUAUGUCUUUCCUUCCUGGAUCUUUCCAUCUUUAUCCCCUGCUUGGCUUUAAUGAGAAACCCUGUUUCUGUCUCGUGUCCACUUGACUUCAGAGUCGACCCCCUGGCAGCUGCACUCUGAGCCCUGCCCCCGGGGUCCUGGUCCUGGGACUGGGGCGUCGUGGCCCUGGAGCCUCGUUCUAGAGCCAGCACUAAACCAGAGAUCUGGAGGCCCCCUCAGAUGCCUCUCCCGCUUCCCCACCCUGGCAGUAGAGUGAAGAAAGAAGUGCAGGGUUACCAUUCUUCAUACACUCACCCCGUCUCUGCCCGAAGCAGCUCUUUCCUUACCUCACGACUGCUCAGCAAAGAUGCGCUUCCCUUGGAGAACUAGCCAUUUCUUGAGUGCCCUCUUCUCAGUUUCAGUUUAGGAACUUUUACUCAGUAGAAUAUUGGAUUGCCUGCUGACAUGAAGCAGAACCUGGAUUCUAGCCGAAUAUGCCUCAGAGGCAGAAAGUAAGGUGACUGUUAACUCGAACAGACAAUUCCUUCGUAAACUAAGCAGGGUCCGUCACACCCACACCCACCUCCCACGAGCCCAGGGAGAGAGGCAAAGCAGAGUGUGGUGGGCGCCCAGGCCUUGGGCUUCACAUCACUGCUUCCUGCCCUCCAAGCCCUCUGACGUCUGGCUGCACUGUGUCACGCGACCGACCCUUCUUGCUGCCUCUCUCUGUUUGGCUUGAGCCAGCAAGCUCAUCCAAACCAGCUGCUCCCCAGAGCCACUGAGGACUCUUGCUUCAUGGCCAAGGGGUAGGUUUGGUUAGCACUCUGUUGGCAGAACUUAAGGCAUGAAUGUAUUUGAGAUGUUAGAGGUUCUAUUAGUUUGGUUGAAUCCUGUAAGUGGGUAAGAAGCAGGUCAGCAGAAAGUGCCAGUAUGAUCCUGGAGGUUCCUUGUGUUCCUUUCAGUGGGUCCCCAGUGCCCGGUGCCUGUGCCCAUUUUCCACUCUCUGAAAAGUAGAGAUAAGCAGUUGCUUGACUCCUAAAUGCCUUCUAACCAAAGGAGAGCCCAAGUAGGUGAGAAGAAUUAGAAAGGUCCUCCCUCGGGCGCUGUCCUCUGUCCGGCCUCCUACGCAAGUGCAAACGGAUUGGGCCGUGAAAAGGUGGGGCUGGGACCGUCCACAGUGCUUGAGAAGCACGAUGACCAUACACACGCCUCCCUCUGCCCUGGGGGUCUGGGUCCCAGAGGACAGGUUUCACUUGGCCCCAGAAUUGCAGCAGCUCGGGGUAUGUUGAAACAGCUCAAAGCCAGACCUCUGGACUUCUCUGGGGGCCCCUGGGUCACGAUAGCUUCCAGUUGCUGCUGCAUGCUCCCCAGGCCUUCUGACCUGGUCACAGAGAGCGUCACUGGGAAGUGAGGCCAUUUCUCCCAAUCCUUCUCUGUGACCUUAAAAUGGCAACUGGCCUAUGGGGGUCUGUGGGAAAGGACGAGGCCUGUGCGUAAGGCUGAGUAGUAGUAAGUUUAAAGGUCGGCAGGGAGGAUGGCUCAUGAGAGCAGGUCAUGCCUGCUUCCCCAGCCCCUAAACCCUGGCAGCAGAUCCUGCUGAAACAAGGUAUCUUCCUGGUGUCUGGGGAGGUUUAGGGCCACGUGCUGCUGCUCCAUCCCCUAGAAAUCUUCUGGUUAAAAUGACCCUAGGUCUGAAGAUUCUAGAAGGAUGGUCAUGGUGGGCCUGGCCAGCUGGGGAAGAGGCGAGGAGACACGGGGACUACAGAUGGGGCUCUGUGCCCUGUUGGGGUCAGAAGGCAGUUUCCCAUGCUCUCCCUUAGCACCAGCCAGGUUGACCAGGUCUUUUCUCCUGCAGGGGACCUUGGGGCCUCAAGCCAUCACUUUCCCCUUCAGAGCUCUUCCUCCCUGACUGUCAGUUCUGGCCUGCGGAAUCCAGACCUGUAAAUUCACAGAUGCUGCAGGAUUACCCAUACGUUGUAGCAUGUCUGUGUCCAUUUAGACCCUCGUGAGCUGGCUGCAAGUGUAUGUGCCCGCAUGCACACGUGUGUGGGCAAUGUAGUUCAUAGUUGACCAUAUAUGUACAUAAUAGCUGACGUAUUUAUAUGGGAGUGCAGAAUUAGUGCCUGUGGCAGUUUUCUGUAUUUUAAACUCAUUAAAUCAAAUUAGUUUUAUUUUAAGGAAGGGGAAAGAGGAGUGGGGGUGAGAGGGUGUUGUAGGAAGAAGGACUCUUUAGCAAUGAUUAGGUCUAUUAGUCAUGAUUUCCCAAUGAUUCUUCUUUAUGCCCUUUUCAAAUAAAUGUUAAUGUUG